AUGCACAGAGCAUGUAAUGAAUGGGAAGAUAUACUUGUAGAAUACCCCAAUGAUUUAAUGGCACUUAAAUUUGCCCAUACUGGAUAUUUUUACAUUGGAGAGCAUUUGGCUAUGAAAGACAGUAUUGCGAGAGUAAUUGAUAAAUGGGAUAAAGAGAGAUAUCCAGGUUAUAGUUAUCUACACGGGAUGUAUGCUUAUGGAUUGGAAGAAUCCGGGGAAUAUAUCGAAGCAGAAAAACAAGCAAAAUUAGGCCUACAAUUACAACGUCAAGAUUGCUGGUCUACCCAUGCUAUAGCUCACUGUAGGGAAAUGGCUAGCGAUUUCAAAAAUGGAAUUAAUUUUUUGGAAUCCACAGAGAAUGAUUGGAGUCAGUGUAAGCUGCUCCAUGGGCAUAAUUACUGGUAA